AUGACUACCACACAGCCCCAUCUGCGUUCUGAGGAAAGCAACUCACGAUCCUGUGUAAAUUCUCUAUUACACCAGGAAUCUUUGCAGAAUGUCAAGGAAAGAGUCGAUACCCAGUGUUUCAGUAACAGUGGUCAUUUUGAUUCAACAGUUUGUUGUAUAACUAAACCAUUUAACUGGAGAGGCUACGGAAAUACAGAAUAUUCAAAUAGUGAAGGUAAUGUACCCUGUGGAAUUGCUAAUUUACCAAUAUACAUGGUAUUUCCUCGUUUAUUUACAUGCCCUACUCUCUCAACAAAAAGUGAAACCAAUAACUACAAAACCAUAAAGGAAACUGAAGCAGUAGACUGGAAAGUGAAGGAAUAUCCAUCUUUAGUACCUCAGCAAAACUUUUGCCCUCAGUUAAAACUAUCCGAAAGCUUUCCCCUUUUUCUUACUUGGCAAAUUAAAAAAAGCAGUCUCCAAGAAAAUAUUGCCAGAUGAAUGGAAUUUAUCAAAUACAAGAAUGAAGCAAUAUAAUAAAAAAAUUGCUUAUGGGAUAUAAAAAUAACGAAUAUUACAUGGCGACAAACUGCAAAAUAGACAUGAUAUCAGACCGGACUCCGGGAAAGAAUAGAAGAACAAAGAAUGCCCUCAUAGACAAAAUGGAAGAAAAUAAUGAGACGUGACAGAGACAAGAUGCUCCAGAAGAAGAAGGGCGGUUACGACUUUAGAACAAUGAUGGAAAGUCUGUUUGAAAGUUUGUGAAGUGUGUAACAAUGCUAAAAUGUGAAGUUAUUGAUAGUGAUUAUAUGAAAUGGUUCAGUUGUUUUUAAAACAAAAAUUUUCCUUUGCAUAAAAAUAGUCUACAGCUUUUAAAUAAAAGAAAGAAGAAAAACAGAUCAAAAACCCUAAAGAAUACUGGAAAAAAUGUGUUAGCUCUUGGCAUGUCUUAAAGAAAUGACCUUCAUUGGAAAUUAUCUGAUAUAGGUGUUGAAAUUCUUACUAUCUUUUCAAGUAUUACUUUAUAUCAUGCAAUGCGUCUUGAAUAAAAAUGUUAUAAAUAGGGAAUUAAAAAUGUGUUGUAUAAUACACUAGAGAGGGUGCAUUUUAAUGAAUUUUUAAUAAUCCAGGUCCUUUCUGUUGGGACUUAAGUAAUUUUGCUAAUGCAUUUGAAGUUUUAUUAUAAUUCUGUUUGUAUAUACGUGUUUUAUUACUCUAUUAAAAUAAACACAAAGAACUUGUCA